AUGCAAUCGUUACGUUCUUUACUCAGGCCCCUUUCUGAAGAAAAGGUUGAAAAAGUCACUCUCCCAGUGAAGUUGGACACCGUUUUCAGCUUCAAAAACUUGGGCUCAGACUAUCAAAAGGUGUUGGCAGAAAUGGAAAGGUUACUGGACACUAAUGCAUACACAUUUCUGGCCAAUUGCUACAAGAUAAACGAUGAAUAUCACCAGGUGAAUGAGCUUCAGCUUAUCAGUUCUGAUCUCAAUACCCCUGAACGAAAGGUACACCUAGAGAAUGCCCGUUUGGCCAAUGGCGUCACCGCAUUUGGAUCGGGCCCGGAUCCUACUAUUCCCAAGGUUCUAUUUGAGGUUUGUCGGACAUAUAUCACUCACGAUUGGUCCAGUCAUGAGUUGCCAAUGCCAACCGUGGCUACUUGCUUUUUAACAAGUGGAGUCAAAAAACAACAUUUUCCUGGUCCCAAAUUUCCCAUGUCUCAUCGUCUCGCGGGGUUCGGCUCUGAAAUGAACAUGGAGUCAGUGAGUGCGAUUGACGAGGAUAUGCCAAUCAAGCUUCGGGCGGAAUUUAUGCCUUUUCCUCACUUUAGACAAGAUUUGUGUCAUCGUAUCGUGCUUCCUGGUAUGUGUGUAUCCGACUUUUUAUCCUUGGACUUUCGAGCUACGGGAUUGGUCGACGACAGGCUCGAGGAGCCGUUUAUUAUAACUGAAGUUCGGAUCGAGUUACAGGAGUUCACGAGCACACAUAAUCAUGAGGCGGCUUUCCAAGAUGUCCGGACAAAAACGCUUCUCGAGAGUAAGCCGUUUGAGUCAAUCAUGCUUUCAAAAAGGCCGCUGAGAAUUCUGGCAAAGAUGUACUCCUGUGAAUUACCUAUGGUAGGUCCGACCUUCUUCGCAAAUGAUCUCACUAGAAGCUACGGCUUGAAAGCAACUUUUAAGCUCAGCCACGAUAAAAUUGGAAAAGUCACUUCUACGGUAUUUGUCGAAUUGAACAUGGCUCAAGAGAAAUCUGAACGCAGAAGAGAUGAGGAUUUUGAUUAUUUGCGAUUUUCUCAAGCUAAGGAAUGGGCAUUGGCGACAAUGGUGAGACCCGGAAUGGAACUAUCUGAAUUCAUGGAUUUCAGCUUCAUUGUUCCUCAAAGUUAUGACGAAGCGAGUCAUGAUAUGCCGAUGGACGAUAUGAAAAUCGUGAUAGAAGAGAUUGAGAUCACGCUCGUUGAGGAAAUGCGCUCAUUCAAGAGAGAUAGGAAGUUUCUGUUGUUCAAGAAAAGUGACCACUUUCCUUCGAUUCAGUGGGGAGAUUUCGAGGAUGUUAUCGACGGCAGUACAAGUGCUCGAAGUCUUCGACUACCUCGAGAAAUUCUUGAGGGUGAAGUUCCUCUUGAGAUAGAAACUUCGCUUGAUCAUUCGGAAUAUGAGUCCCCAAGGGCACAUACGUUGCACUCUCGUGUAAAAGUACGUACAGGUGUGAAAAUUCACACUCUCAAGUGGAGUCACUGGCUCUAUGUUGUUUGA